AUAAAAAAGAAAACUGAAGCCAGAAAACAAAAGAAUAAAUAUACAUAUUGUCUUCGUAAGUGCGACAUACAUUCCAAGUCAUAAGUACAGAAACAGACUAGGGGAAAGAGAUAAGAACUUAAUGCAGCUUCUGUUUUAUUUGGCAAGCUGUACAUGAGUGAAAUGAGGCAGUUGUUUCAUAUUCAGUGUAAAUAUACUUGAGGAUUUCUGUCAAAUCUCAAUGAUGGGAAUUUUCUACUUAGUCCCUCCAUACCGGAUUCAUUAAGUCGUGUGCAUCAACGAGUGCCUGUAGAAUAGACCUUCAAUCUGACACUACCAUCCAGUACCCGUGCAUACGACGAUCUCUCACAUACACGGAAGAAUAAGCUCGACACCGAAAGUAUCGCAUAUCUAACCCGGCAGACAACACGCCCACAGCGACACCACGGUGUUCUUCGCAACGUACGCCAACGUCAGCGCAGCGACAGAGACAUUCGCCAACCACUUGCAGACGAACCUGCCAGCUGAUCGGCGGGGGACGGGGGGCCAGCCAACAGCUACCUCGCAGGUUCUUGCCGGGUGUGUACACCCAACGGGUUCCCCCGCUGACGAUACGUAACGGCAGGUAGAAGAUGUCGCAGGAGCCGUUCAAUUGACUUGUGGCUCGUAGCUGUGCAGUGGUGUCACCCCCCCCCCUGUGACUCUGGAGGAGCCUAAGAGGCAAAGGAAUUGUGGGUCGAAGUCGUGACGAACUUCUCUCCCCGUCACCUGCUGUCACCUGCAAUUGUUCCAAUGGCAUACCGAGAAUGAGAGACGAGCACACCUGUGUCGCCGGAAACAUCAAAUCGAGGCGGUGAAUGAAGAAUCGGAGGACAAUGCCAUGAAGGUGUUACAGAAGGUUGACUGACCGCUGGAUGAAUGGAGCUGAGGACGUGAAUGGCGGCCAGUCGUUGAGAAGGUUGACGAGCGGCGCGAUGUCAGGGGGAGUCAAGAUCAAGGAAAUGGUGGACGAGGAAGAGGUGGAGAAGCUGUCGGCGCAGAAGAAAUCGCAAGUGAUCCAUGAUGCUGACGAACCAAGAUGGCGACAGAGCAUCAGGGACCAGAUGGAAACGGAGUUGGAGAGGCGAGUGAGGGAGGCGCUGUCCACUCCGCCACAAGAGAGACUGGAGCGACAACGACAGCAGGCUGCUCGACAACGCCUCCGUCAGCCGAUUGACGAGAUGAAUGCUCACUUCUACCUGGACCUGGCGUACAGAGACCAGAACAGCACCAGAGCUCAGCGCUGGAAGGCCCUGCAAGCACAGAAAGACAUCAUGAGCUACUUCCCUUCUCAGGGGGGACCGGUGGAGUUCAUCUUCGCGACGAGCUGUGCAAGUCCAACCAGGACGAGUUUCCUGGCGUCUUCGGGCUGGACAGCUUUUCCGAGGGCAUCAAGAACAUUCGCGAAGACUACACCAACGUGAUAGACCGCUAUGCGGGAAACAAGCCCAAGGCGAGACACUUCUACACUAAGGAAGGCUUCUUGAAGGCCAUAAAAACGGGAAGUCUGCCGGCCGGGGUGCAAGUGCUAGGUGAGACUGGACGAUACGUGGACAAGUACGGGGUGAUGCGUAACUCGGACGGACCUUUCUGGCCACUAGAGUGCGUGCCCUUGUUCCCUACACCGAAGUUCAAGUGGUGGGGUGACACAUCAUCAGAAUUGCUUUACUUCCAUUUACCAGGUGGAGCAGGCCAUCACAAGUAUGGGAUCUGUGGAUGCACUGACGGUUAGAACCUGAGCGGCUACCAGCAUCAUGAUCUGCUGACAUCACCUUCACAAAGGGUUAUCUGUCUUUAUUUCCAUGCUUUUGAAUACAGUACCCUGGUCAAACGGUCCGCGGAUCCUUGGUUAUGUAAGCCCUCUGAGGGCCAGCGUGCAUCCUACCACGUGACCAGAAGCUGGAGGCAGUGACGGCAAAUUUGGUUUUGAGAUUCCCCAACCCGGAAGAAAUUACGGCGACAAGGAAACCCGUGUUCCAGUGAUGCUGGAGGAGAAGCUCGCCGCCCUGCCUGCCACCCCGCCCUUCCUGGAGCGAGAGGCCACGAGGCAUGCGCAGGACGCCUACCUGUCAGACGACAGCGAUGUGGCGCCCCCUGUGGCCAGCCGGGUGGGUCUGCGCUCGUACUCGCAGCAGCUGGAGGACUACAUCACCCGCUUCCGCUGCCGGCCGCCGGACAUUAAGUUCUGGCCCUAUGGCCCCUACUGGCCCCGCUAUUACGAGGGCUUCAUCCUCGACACUCCGCGCUUCAUCCGGGAUAUUCCUUCGUGCGACGAACCCCUGUUGCUCAGGUUGAGAGAGGAAGAUGAGAGCAGCAGGACUGUGGACAACCAGGUGACGCCCUACAACGGUCGAUGGCGGGGAGUUAUGGUCAUCUACGACUUGGAGCGAAGUCCGCGAGACUACACUCACCCGGUCAGCGACGGGUGCUGCCCCAGCCUCCUGUUCGAAUCUCGCUUCGAGAGUGGCAACCUUCGGCAAGCGAGGCGAAUAGGGCAGUUUGAGUACGAGCUGGUGCUCAAGACCGACCUGUACACUGCCAGACAUACUCAGUGGUACUUCUUCCGGGUUCACAACACUCAGCCCAAUGUUACCUACAAGUUCAAAAUUGUUAACUUGCUCAAGUCCAGCAGCCUUUACAACUUCGGCAUGAGGCCGCUGAUGUACUCAGAACACGAUGCGGCAGAAAAGCAGAUAGGGUGGGUGAGGGUGGGCCACCACAUCAACUACACCCGCAACACUACUAACAACAGCUGCCCACUGCUUCUGCGAUCUUUUACAUACUACAUGCUGGAGUGGCAGAUGGAGUUCCCCAAUGCCGAUGACACCUACUACCUGGCGCACUGCUACCCGUACACCUUCACUGACCUGAAGGAUGACCUGGACGUCCUCAUGGCCAGCCCCGAGCACAAGGCUUGUGUGAAGCGGGAGGUGCUUUGUGAGACGAGGGCCGGAAACAGCUGCUUUCUCCUCACCGUCACCAACUUCGAAUCCCGGCCCCAAGAAGCGGUGAUUGUGUCGGCACGAGUUCACCCCGGAGAGAGCCAGUCCAGCUGGAUGAUGAAGGGCUUGCUGGAGUUCAUCACUGGACCCGACCCAGUCGCCCAGAUUUUGUUGUACUGCGACCUUCAUGGCCACAGCAGAAAGCACAAUGUGUUCAUGUACGGGAACAACACAUCAGAUGACGAUGUGAUGGGUGUGGGUGCCGCUCAAGCCUUCGUCAACGAGCGACUCUUUCCAUGGCUAUUGUCGACGAAAUGCCCAGACAAGUUCUCCUUUCGGUCCUGCAAGUUCCAGAUUCGUAAGUGCAAGGAGUCCACCGGCCGUGUGGUCAUGUGGCGCCAGAUGAGCAUCUUCAACAGCUUUACCCUCGAAGCUACUUUCAGCGGCACAAUUCUUAACAAGGAGAACUGUCGACAUUUCAACAUCAAGGAUUUGAUGGAAAUUGGAAGGAGUUUGGCUCAGGCUGUGCUGGAGUAUCACAAAGUUCAAGAAAACAAAGUAUAUCAUACAGAAAUGGUGCUUAAUCUCACAAAGUCAAUCACACAGCAGGUGUUAGAGACCCAGGGCCUUAUUCCUUCUGACAUGAUUCUUCCAGAUUUCUCUGUAGAAAGAGCUCGGAUAGAAAAAGAAGCUGAGGUAGUUCAGAAGGAUGCUGAGAAGUGGAUGGGAGCCAUGUUGGAACUGCUGCAUCAACCACUGCCAUCGCUGGUGCCAAAUGCUUUGGACGACAGAGGCAAGGGAAGAGAUGACAAGUCUCGUAAAGAUGGCUUUGCCAUCCAAGCUGACCAAAGAGGAAGCAAGCAAAGUAUUAGACCAAGCAUCACUUGGCACAGUGGAUGGCUGUCUAAAGAUUUUGUCAGCUCUCAAUGUCAGGGAAGCACUGCAGGAAUCUGAUUCUAGUGACAGUGAUAGUGAGUCUGAACCAGAGAUGAAACCCUCAGAAGCCAAAACUCGCAAAAAAAAGCGGAAGUCAAGAAAGCAGAGAGACAAAGAUUUGUAUGAGAAGAAACAAGCAGAUGUGGAUAAAAGAGGAGAUUACACAGAGAAAGACAAAUAUGUACGAGGAAAGUCUUUUUCUCAACUUUCACAGUCUAAACGGCAACCAGCCCAGAGUUCUUUAACAGAACCUCUAAAGUACAUUCCAGCUGAGGUGAAGCAGCUUCACCUAUUUCCAGAAGAGGAGG